CAGCUAUUGUCAUAGGGAACCAUCAAAAUUCACAGUUGUUCAAAACAAAAAUAUGUUAUUUAACAGGUUUCGACCUCAAAAUUUAUUUCGACUUAGUCCAAAUAUAUGUUCAAUUACUCCGCGGUGCUUAAAAUCUGACUCCAGCAAUGCAGAAACAGUGGAACUGGCUUACUCGUCGUAUGAGAGCACCGACAUUGAUACAUCCAAAAGACCACCUCUUGUGAUCUUACAUGGGCUAUUAGGUUCAAAAAAUAACUGGAACAGUAUGAGUAAAGCUAUCCAUAAGGCAACGGGGAGGAAAAUAAUUAGUGUAGAUGCUCGCAAUCACGGAGAUAGUCGGCAUUCUUCACAACAUACUUAUAUUCAUAUGGCCCACGAUGUGAUAAAAUUAUUAAAGAAAUUAGAGAUAUCAAAAGUAUCUGUCCUGGGGCAUAGCAUGGGCGGCCGUACUGCUAUGGUUUUAUCGCUUCUUUGUUCUGACCUUGUAUCAAGUUUAAUAGUGGUGGAUAUAUCACCAGUGAAAACAAGUCCUCAAAUAUUUACAAUGAUGAAUCUCUUUGACGCAAUGGCAGCUGUAUCCAUAAGGUCUGGUAUUGCCAUGUCAAAAGCGAGAAAGCUAGCUGAUGAACAGCUGAAAAAUGUUUCGCCAGAUGUAAAUUUGAGAAACUUUUUGAUAACAAAUUUAAUUCAAACAAAUACCGGGUCGUAUACUUGGAGAGUGAACUUACCAGCCCUAAAAGAGAAUUUCCAGAACUACAUAUCACAUUUUCCAUCAAGUCUGAAAGGACUCCAAUAUUGUGGACCCACUUUAUUUAUUGGAGGUUCCCUCUCGGAUUAUAUUGGCAAAAAUGAUUUACCCGAGAUUCAAGAAUACUUCCCACUAGCUGACUUGGUGUUCAUAGAUGGCGCUGGGCACUGGGUGCAUAGCCAAAAGCCAGAAAAAUUCUUAGAAACUGUUUGCAAAUUCCUAUCAGAUAAAUAAUGUUUGGAAUAACAAAUUAGAUAAUUGUUGAACAAAUAUACACUAUUAUGGUUACCGAUAAGUAGAAUAAUAAUAUACUAAUUAAAUAUUUUGUUUGUUUUCAUAUCUCUGUGGAUGUGGUAAGACACUUAUGAGGAAAUGCUUGGAAGUUUCCUGUUGCCAUAUCAAUACUAUGUAUAGCAUUCCUGGUUUGUUAGGUCCUGGUGUACAAAUUUGUGCAAAAUGUGACUCUUUUGUUAUUAAACAUUAC